UAUUGUAUAAAAAAAAAAAACAUUCAAUUCAAUCCCAUUGCCUUUGGUAAACAAGAAUUUGGGGAGGCUGCUUAGAGAAAUUUGAAGUGUCAAAAAAAGGUUGGCAUCACGUUAUACAUAUAUUACUUUUCAAUAAUGAAACUUCCCCGCCAAUUUCCACACAGAUUCUAGACAUCAAAAAUCCAACCUUCUUUGUUGCAUCUGUACCUCCUCUCUCUCUAUAUAUAUCUAUGCCUUGACGUAGCCCAAAUAAUUGGAACUGUCUAACAAAAGGAAAAGACACAGCUUUUGUGCAUGCAGAGGAGAUAUAUAUAUAUAUAUAUAUAUAUAUAGCAUUACAAUUAUUAUUGUAGAAAGUUACAUUUCUUGGCUUAAAUCUUGAAGAAAAAUUCUUGGUUUUGUUUUGUGAGUUGUAUUUUGUAUGUGUGACGAUGGAUGGUAGUGAUCUUUAUAAAGCAAGUAGUAGCUUGAGAUCAAGCUUGAGAACAAACAGUAUACUGAGGAACAGUACUGUGGAAGUUUUCUCGCGAUCUUCGCGGGAUGAAGAUGACGAAGAAGCUCUGAAAUGGGCUGCCAUUGAGAAACUUCCCACUUACAAUCGGUUGAGGAAAGGGCUUCUAUUUGGUUCACAGGGUGCAACCAAUGAAGUCGAUAUUAACAAUCUCGGACUCAAUGAAAGGCAGCACUUAAUGGAGAGGUUGAUCAAAAUUGCAGAUGAAGAUAAUGAGAAGUUCUUGUUGAAGCUCAAGAAUCGAAUUGAUAGAGUUGGACUUGAUAUGCCCACAAUUGAAGUCAGAUUUGAGCAUCUAAAAGUUGAUGCAGAAGCUUAUGCAGGAGGCAGAGCUUUGCCCACUUUCAUUAACUUCGUUGCUAACAUACUGGAGGGGUUUGUGAAUUAUCUCCAUAUACUUCCAAGCAGAAAGAGGAAGCUAUCAAUCCUCCAUGAUGUUAGCGGAAUCAUCAAGCCAUGCAGAAUGACAUUACUCUUAGGUCCUCCUAGUUCCGGUAAGACCACACUGUUGUUAGCUUUAGCCGGAAAACUUGAUCCUGAACUAAAGUUUUCUGGAAGGGUGACGUACAAUGGUCAUGGCAUGCAAGAGUUUGUACCUCAGAGAACUGCAGCCUAUAUCAGUCAAAAUGAUGUCCAUAUAGGAGAAAUGACUGUGAGAGAAACCUUGGCAUUCUCUGCUAGAUGCCAGGGGGUUGGAGACCGAUAUGACAUGCUAGCAGAGUUGUCAAGAAGAGAGAAAGCAGCAAAUAUCAAGCCUGAUCCUGAUAUCGACAUCUACAUGAAGGCAGCAGCAACAGAAGGCCAGGAGGCAAGUGUGGUCACAGAUUAUAAUCUAAAGAUUUUGGGACUGGAAGUCUGUGCAGAUACCCUAGUCGGAGAUGAAAUGUUAAGGGGUAUCUCCGGAGGACAGAGGAAGCGUGUUACAACUGGUGAGAUGCUGGUUGGACCAGCGAAGGCACUUUUCAUGGAUGAGAUUUCUACGGGUUUGGACAGUUCGACAACUUUCCAAAUUGUGAAGUCACUCAGGCAGUAUGUUCACAUUCUCAAAGGAACUGCUCUCAUCUCUCUCCUGCAGCCAGCACCUGAGACUUAUGAUCUGUUUGAUGACAUUAUUCUCCUAUCUGCUGGCCACAUUGUCUAUCAAGGUCCCCGUGAGGAAGUGCUCGAGUUUUUUGAAUCCAUGGGUUUCAAAUGCCCCGAGAGGAAAGGCGUGGCUGACUUCUUGCAAGAAGUGACAUCAAAGAAAGAUCAGCAGCAGUAUUGGGCACACAAAGAUCAGCCAUACAGUUUUGUAACAGAACGCGAAUUUGCUGAGGCAUUCCAGUCAUUCCAUGUUGGACGGAAAGUAGGAGAUGAGCUUGCGACCCCAUUUGACAAGACCAAAAGCCACCCAGCUUCUUUGACAACUAGUAAGUAUGGUGUUAGCAAGAAAGAGCUCCUGAAAGCGUGCAGCUCAAGAGAAUACCUGCUGAUGAAGAGAAACUCAUUUGUCUAUAUAUUCAAGAUCACACAACUUUCUAUAAUGGCAUUUGUUGCAAUGACAAUCUUCUUCCGAACUGAGAUGCACAAAGAAGAUGAAACUGAUGGAGCGAUAUACACUGGUGCUUUGUUUUUUACUCUGGUUAUGGUCAUGUUUAAUGGGAUGUCGGAGAUUGCCAUGACUAUUGCGAAGCUUCCUGUCUUCUACAAGCAAAGGAGCCUUCUCUUUUAUCCCCCGUGGGCAUAUGCUCUUCCCACAUGGAUACUCAAGAUCCCCAUUACAUUCAUAGAGGUUGCUGUUUGGGUGUUUAUGACUUACUAUGUCAUCGGUUUUGAUCCAAAUGUCGGCAGAUUUUUCAAACAGUACCUGCUCCUCUUAGUUAUCAGUCAGACUACUUCUGGAUUGUUCCGAUUUAUUGCAGCAACGGGCAGGAACAUGAUUGUUGCAAAUACAUUUGGAUCAUUUGCAUUGCUCUUACUUUUUACAUUGGGUGGCUUUAUGAUAUCAAGAGGUAUAAAUUGCGAAAAUUAUAUUUUAGAACUAUUUUUCUCAUACUUGAAACAUUGGAUAAUGCUUCUUUCUACUUUAUUUGAUGCCAUAGAUGAUGUGAAGAGUUGGUGGAUAUGGGGUUAUUGGAUGUCACCAUUGAUGUAUGGGCAGAAUGCAAUUUUAGUAAAUGAGUUCACUGGCCAUAGUUGGAAAAAGGUUCCCACGAAUGCAACAGAGCCACUAGGAGUCACAGUUAUGAAGUCUCGAGGGUUCUUUCCUGAUGCAUACUGGUACUGGCUGGGGGUCGGGGCAUUGUUUGGAUUUGUCUUGGUAUUCAACUUCUGUUACAGUCUGGCUCUCACUUAUCUAAACCCUUUUGAUAAGGCUAAAGCUGUUAUACCUGAAGAAGAACCAAGCAAUGCUGAAGGUGAUCAAAGUAGAAGAGCCAUUCAGUUAUCAUCCCAAGGAAACAGCUCUCUUGGACGAACUGCGCCUGAAGAGAGAGAUCAAAUUAGGAGGAGAAGUAUCUCAUCUGGCUCCUCAUCCCAGAGGACAGAUGCCAUUGUUGAUGCCAAUCAGAACAGAAAAAGAGGAAUGAUUCUUCCAUUCGAACAACAUUCCCUCACCUUUGAUGACAUUAAAUACUCUGUUGACAUGCCACAGGAAAUGAAAAAUGAGGGUGCUGAAGAUAGAUUGGUGCUUCUGAACAGUGUUAGUGGAGCUUUCAGGCCUGGGGUUCUCACAGCACUAAUGGGUGUUAGUGGUGCCGGUAAAACAACUUUGAUGGAUGUGCUGGCUGGCAGGAAAACUGGUGGAUACAUUGAGGGUGACAUUAAAAUUUCUGGGUAUCCAAAAAAACAGGACACAUUCGCUCGGAUUUCUGGAUACUGCGAGCAAAACGAUAUCCACUCUCCUCAUGUUACUGUCCACGAGUCAUUGAUUUACUCAGCUUGGCUGAGGUUAUCUCCUGAUGUCAAUUCUGAAACAAGAAAGAUGUUCGUUGAGGAGGUCAUGGAACUUGUGGAACUGGCCCCAUUAAGGGGAGCACUAGUUGGUUUGCCAGGUGUGAGUGGUCUCUCAACCGAGCAACGCAAGAGACUAACCAUUGCAGUUGAGCUAGUGGCAAACCCCUCCAUAAUAUUUAUGGAUGAGCCAACUUCAGGGCUGGAUGCAAGAGCUGCUGCUAUUGUGAUGAGAACAGUCAGGAACACCGUAGACACGGGAAGAACAGUUGUAUGCACCAUCCAUCAGCCAAGCAUUGACAUAUUUGAAGCCUUUGAUGAGCUUUUCCUAAUGAAGCGAGGAGGACAAGAGAUAUAUGUGGGGCCAUUGGGUCACCAUUCUUGUCAUCUAAUCAAGUACUUCGAGGGAACUGAGGGAGUAAGUAAAAUUAAAGAUGGUUAUAAUCCAGCAACUUGGAUGUUGGAAGUAACUGCUUCAGCACAGGAAACAGUUUUGGGGAUCGAUUUUACGGAAGUCUACAAAAAUUCAGAAUUGUUCAGGAGGAACAAAGCCCUGAUCAAAGAAUUAAGCACACCUCCUCCUGGUUCAAAGGAUCUUUAUUUUCCCACUCAAUAUUCACAGCCUUUCUUCGAACAAUGUAUGGCUUGCCUGUGGAAACAACAUUGGUCAUACUGGCGCAACCCGCCAUAUACUGCAGUGAGAUUUCUUUUCACAACCUUCAUUGCAUUGAUGUUUGGGACGAUUUUCUGGGACCUUGGAUCCAAGAGGUCAAGGACUCAAGAUCUGAUCAAUUCUAUGGGUUCUAUGUAUGCUGCCGUUCUCUUCCUUGGGAUCCAAAAUGCCUCAUCGGUGCAGCCAGUGGUGGCUGUUGAACGAACAGUCUUUUACAGAGAAAGAGCUGCUGGAAUGUACUCAGCAUUACCAUAUGCCUUUGCUCAGGUUCUUAUUGAGCUUCCUUAUAUAUUUGCACAAGCUGCCGUAUAUGGUCUUAUAGUUUAUGCAAUGAUUGGGUUUGAAUGGACAGUUGCCAAAUUCUUUUGGUACUUAUUCUUCAUGUACUUCACACUAUUGUACUUCACCUUCUACGGCAUGAUGACCGUGGCUGUGACUCCAAACCAACACGUCUCGGCCAUCGUUGCUGCUGCAUUUUAUGGAUUGUGGAACCUCUUUUCAGGAUUUAUAAUCCCGCGACCUAAGAUUCCUAUAUGGUGGAGAUGGUACUAUUGGGCAUGUCCCGUUGCUUGGACCUUGUAUGGAUUGGUUGCGUCUCAGUUUGGAGAUAUAAAGGAUCCAAUCGAUACAGGCACAGUUGAAAUAGAAACAGUGAAACAAUACUUGGAUAGAUACUACGGAUUCAAAGAGGAUUUUGUAGGUGUGGUAGCAGGCGUUCAUGUUGGUCUUGCAGUUCUUUUUGCUUUCAUCUUUGCUAUAUCCAUAAAGGCGUUCAAUUUCCAACGACGAUAGGGAAUUACUCCAAAUCAGCCUCUUCCUCUCAGCAUUUGAGUACAGAAAGCAUCAGAUAUGAUCAUCUUGAGGAAGUGGUUCUAAUUUUUAUGGAUAGGAUGUUUAAGAAUAUUAUAAGCACUUUAAAUCGCAGUGCUUUUUUUUUAGUCAUCUUAUUAAUUUGUAAGGUUCUUUCAUUUCUUUUUACCUAAAUUCCUAUUAUAUGAAAACAGAAAUAAAGUCAAUGCUAUAGUUUGUUAAAGCUUUAGAUUUUC